AUGUCGGAACUAGAAGAGAUGAUCAAUGCUUCUUCCUUUGUGUUGCAAAAUAGAGAACGCAUUCAAUCCAUUGUUCAAUUAUUACCCAAGAUUGAUAUCCAUACUCAUUUAGGUGGAUGUCUGCGGUCCAGUACGAUUUAUGAUCUCAUCAAAUUACAUCCGAAUAUUUAUGAAAAUCCUGAUGAAGUGGUUCGUCAGGUACAGCUUACGGAAGGAGAUCAACGCAAUCUAAAACAAUGUUUUGAUAUAUUUAAAAUUAUUAAUUCUGUUACUGCUGAUUUAAAAGUACUGGAAAGAAUUACAUACGAAACUCUCGAAGAUUAUGAUGCUGAGAAUUGUAUUUAUUUAGAGUUGAGAACAACACCAAAAUCAAAUUCAAAUCCAUCUUACACUAAAAAGGAUUACUUGAUGUGCAUUGUGAAUACGAUUGAAAGAUACUUGAAAGAGCAUGAGAAUGAUACCAAUUUUGUGGACGUGUCACUUCUCGUAAGCGUGAAUAGAAGUGAAUCUAUCGAAAAAGCAAAAGAAAAUAUUGACCUUGCUCAUGAAAUUAUCAAAGAAAGACGAGAGCUACAAAAGAAUGGCCACAUGUUUAAGAGCUCAGGUGUGGUUGGUCUCGAUUUUUGUGGAAACCCAUAUGAUGGCAAUUUUACUGAUUUUGCUAAACUAUUUGCCGAAAGCAAUCUGAACCAAACUAUUCAUUUUGCAGAAAUUAACAGUUAUGACGAGUCUAAAGCGAUGCUUCGACAUUGUUUGGAGAUGAAUUCAAAAGUGAAAAUUCGUCUUGGACAUGCUGUCUGUCUCAAUGAUGAACUCAAGGAAAUGCUACUUGUUGAUAAGAGCAAAAAAGAGCUCACCGAAAAACAUACCCAGUUUGACAGAAUCCCUGUUGAAAUUUGUUUGACGUCUAAUCUCAUGAGCAAAUCAGUGUUUAACAUUCACGAUCAUCCACUCGUGAUGUUUUAUUUGUCGAACCAUCCAAUUAGCAUCAACACUGAUGACAGAGGAGUGUUCCAAACUUCUCUCGAAAUUGAAUACAUGAAAGCAAUAGAAGUUUUCGACAAGAUUUUAUCCAAUACUCCAAAUAAUCAAACAGAAAUUCAAUCCUCUCUUUAUGAAUUGAUCCGUGUGGUAGAGAAAUCGAUUGAGAGUGUGUUUGUUGAGAAUAGAGUUAUUGAGAAAAUUUUAACCUCAUACAGAGAGCGUGUAGCUCUUGUUCUGGCAGCAGAUUAG